AUAACUAACUACUAGCUAACUACUAGCUAACUUACUAUGCAACUUCUUUACCCAUGAUCUUCUGUAAUGAGACAUGAGAGAUCAUUGAUCAAGGUUUUAUCGCUUCUUUUGCUCUUUCGCUCUUUCCUUCGUUCUUUCCUUUCCUACGAAAAUAGAGGGACCGAUACGGAAUUAACUCCAGCCCACUCAAAUCAGCAUCAUCGCUCAAAGCUUCUUCUCCUAUCCUGUCUUAUUUUUUUUUCUUUCUGUUUAUACUUGCAUAUUAGUAUUCUGAGUUUGAGGUUUGAAGUGCGUGGGCUGUAUUCUCCGUUCCUUCAUACCCUUACUUCUCUUUUAGUGGUCAAUCUCGAAGGAAUUUCUGACCUUUUGAGACACAAUUCGUGGAGCGAAGGAGUUCUCUCAGACGUUUCGUAUUCUUCUUCCACUCUUCACUCUCUUGGUCGUCUCUUGGUCUUUGCGCUUUGUUUUGUGCAUCUGGGUUUGUUACUUUACAUUACAGCUUCCCCAUAGUCUUCCGAGUCCUUCUGCUGCCUGCAUAUCCAGUAGAGUGGUGGAUACUGACCGAUUUGCGAACGAUUGCUGGGUUUUCGAUUCGGGCAUCUGCGGACGGGUAAAUUUCCUUACGACGAUAAUUCGACCUUUCAUUCGACCUAAUGUCGUCGUGUUAUAUCAAUACAAGGUCGUGUUGACAGGGCCUCAACUCUCGCGGUCGAAAACAAAAGUACCUUGGGGGCAUUGUGGAUCGCGCAAACAAAAGAAACUCGAUCAUCUUAAGAAUAGAAGAUAUUGUUCCAUCUUCUCGGCACACGGCUUCUACUCGAUUUCUCGACACAAUUUGAGGUAGUUGUUCAAAAUGCCUUCACAACAGGAUGAGAAUGGGAAUAGGCAGAUGCCGUUGGCUGAAUCUGAUAGGCGUCAAUCGAGGCUGGAGGAUAUUCGAGAAGAUUUACAUUCGUUGUUCUCGGGACGACCAAGCGUUGCGGCUAGGAGCCCUUCCCCAGAAAGCCCAAAAGCUCCACGAUUGGUUGGUCUGGGUAAUCUGCCAUCAACUCGAAUCCAUAUUCCGGGCCUUACUAUAAGUCAAAGUUCGACACGCCGAAACUCUACCACUGCUGAACCAACAUUACCUCGACAUGAAGAAACUUCCUUACCGCACGUCGCCUCUCGUUCUGCUAGUAGAAUCUCACAAUCUAUGCAACUUCCUGCAGUUUCGUCUCCUAUUUCAACAAUUCCACCAGGAGUACAAAGACGAUCGGAUCGCAGGUUUCUUAGCAUAGAUCCUGCUGAGCAGCAUCUAGCCGAUUUAGCAGGCAGAGGUAGGAGAAGGGAAAAUCCAGGGGAAACACAUGGGAGUAGGAGAACGUGUGCGCCAAAGUUGCGAAAUAAAAUAAUACGUCAAAAGAUAGCGCAUUCCUUGAUAUCCGGGCUGGUAUGUACUACAUUCUUAUUUAUCCUUUGCACAUCUCUAAUUUAAUUUCAAGUUCCUCGUUCUGGUGCUUGCAAUAUAUCUUGCAUUGGCAUUAUCAAAUAAGGAAGAGACUCAAGAGUUUCACAUUCUCUUAAUUUUGAUAAUUUUGAUAGUCACUGUCUUCUUUUGCCAUUCACUUAUUCGCCUUUGCAUGAUGAUCAUAAAUCCACCAAUGGAGGGGCAACCAGAUCCAGGACGUCUUCCAUCAAUGGUUGGGCCUGGAGGUUAUGCAGAAACCUCAGUACCCAUAAGGGUAGCUCUGGCAAGAGAUGAGGAAGCGGCGGGUAUUGAAAGCCAAGCUACAAAAGUUCCACCUCCAGCUUAUGGAUUAUGGCGCGAGUCUGUGGUAAGUAGCUCUCAAUCUGUAGUCAAAUUUUUGCAUGAUUAUCUAACAGUAGAAACAGAGGGUGGAUCCAAAUAGGAUUUUUUGGCAAAGAAACGAAACAGCAUUAAAUCGGCCAAUUUCUCGAAUAUCCGAAAGAACUUCGAUGGGUAAUCGGCCCCCAUCAUAUAUGUCUGAUGAUGGUAUCGAUUAUGUAAUUGAGGCAGCACCACGUUCAACGGUUUCUGGAGAAGACAUAUUUCCUCGACAUCCAGUUGACCGAUCGUAAUGGCAUCGUGUUUAAGCAACGAUGCUCACUGAAUGUGCUUGAAACGAGAUCAGCAGAAUGAGCCCUUGAUGGACUUUAUUCGAUUCUCCCGGUAACUGAGAGAACUGGAGUCCAUGGUUUUGGACUUGGGUUUACGGAGUCAUUUAUAUUUUGGCGUUUAGAUGCAUAUACCUACGGAAUAUUGAUAACGUUUAGCAUAGUAUUUGGAGUUUUUUAGAUUUUAGAUUUAGUUUUUUGUCUAUGGCAGCUGAUGGCUUUUGAAAGUAAGUCAUGGCUGUAUAUAUAUUUGAUGGAAAUACUCACGGGUAUGGAAUAUGCAAUGAAAAUACAUGUGCAGUAUUGCAGAACUUGGAGGGCAGCAGAGAUUGAUGCUUAACAAGGCGAUCAUGACUUGGCUAGGCUUGGCUUUGUUGGAUUGCUUAGAUCCGACAUUGACGUUUGGGACGGGAGUGAUAGAGAGGAGAGAUAGGGGGAGAUUCGAGUACAUGGAUAGAGGAAUAAUUGGAGAUUCUGGAAUGUGAAAUGAUAUGUGAAUAGGAAAAGGAAUAGAAUAGAAAGAGGAAUGUGAAUAGGAAGAGCACCAAUGGGGGAAGAGAAAGAGGAAAGAUAUUAAAAUAUUUCCAAUGCAG